AUGGCAGGCGUCAAAGUCAAAAAAUUAAUAAAAAUAACCUUGCAAUUUGUGAUUGAAAUUCUUAUAUUUUAUUAUUUUUAUUGCACUCAAACUCAUAAAAUCGAAUAAUUAAGCUACAAUGUUUCUAACGCUAAAAUUAUUGUCUAAUAGGCAUCCCUCUUUUAUAGCCCGGACUGUAUUUGUCAAGAAUAAUAACGUAGAUGAUGCUUGCAGACUUGUGAACAGGAUACUAGGCAAAGAAGGCAUCUUAGAGCAAUUUAGGCUUACCAGAUAUUACGAAAAACCUUUCCAGACACGGCGCCGUAUUAACCAUGAGAGAUGCAAAGCUAUUUACAAUGAGGACAUGGAGCGGAAAAUAAAAUUUGUGUUGAGGAAGAACCGUCAUGAGCCUUUCCCAGGCUGUCAUUAAUUAGUGUUAUUAUUAUAGUUAGAUCAAUAAAUAUUCAAUAGUGUC